CUGCACCCAGAGCCCACCGGUGCCAGCAGGAGCACAGCCGCUGGCUUCUCAGCGACCAUCCGGGAAGAUGAGUGCCUGCGGGAGGAAGGCCCUGACCCUGCUGAGCAGCGUCUUCGCCGUCUGCGGGCUGGGCCUGCUGGGCAUCGCCGUCAGCACCGACUACUGGCUGUACCUGGAGGAGGGCGUGGUGGUGCCCCAGAACCAGAGCACCGAGAUUAAGAUGUCCCUGCACUCGGGCCUUUGGAGGGUCUGCUUCCUUGCAGGUGAGGAGCGGGGACGUUGCUUCACCAUAGAAUAUGUGAUGCCCAUGAACACCCAGCUGACAUCCGAGUCCACGGUCAACGUUCUAAAAAUGAUUCGCUCAGCCACGCCGUUCCCUCUGGUCAGCCUCUUCUUCAUGUUCAUUGGAUUUAUCCUGAGCAACAUUGGACACAUCCGCCCCCACAGGACAAUCCUGGCUUUUGUCUCUGGCAUCUUCUUUAUCCUCUCAGGCCUCUCUCUGGUGGUGGGCCUGGUGCUCUACAUCUCCAGCAUCAACAACGAGAUGCUCAACAGGACCAAGGAUGCCGAGACCUAUUUCAGCUACAAGUACAGAUGUCCCUUUGCCUUCACUGCCAUCUCCUUCCUUUUAACUGAGAGUGCCGGGGUGAUGUCCGUGUAC